AUGUCUCUGGUUUACUCCAGCUCAGUCGUCUCAUCGAUGCUGCCGCGCAGCGACAGGGCUCGCUACGUGAGAGACUCGAUGCAGGCUCCUAACGCUGUCCGCGUCCCACGAAACCCGCGAAACCAACAAGACCCUGUCGCGAUGCGCGUAGCAGCAGUCCGUUCCGUCGGCGCCGCGUCCCUCUCAAACCGGCGGUUUCGUGGAACCGGGGCGCGGUUAGUAGGCGUCCAUCGCGCCGCACGAAAUGGAGAUUCGAUCAACCUAGCUGACUCCCUCCACUCUGGUAGAUUUGCGCGAGUCGUGGGCGCUUCCGCAGCCGCUGCAGCCGCCGCAGUCGCCGCAGGAGAGGUAACAAGACCAGGAGGAGCAGUAGAACACGCAGCUGCUGUGGCGGGGAAUAUCGCGCGACGAAGAGCAGGUGGAGGAGGAGGAAGAGGGGCGGAAGGAGACGUGGCAGAUUCAGUAGGAGAUGAAGCGGGGAGCGGAGCAGCGCAGCAAGCAGAUAGAAAAGGAAGGGAGCGCGGAGGGGAUGCGAGUGGUUACCGAAGAAAGGACGGGGAAGUUUUUGAGAGAGGGUAUUCCCGUCGCAUGGUGAUGGCUCUAGGGAUUUCAGCUGGUGUGGCGGCAGGGAUGGGACUCACACCACGAUCAGCAGCAGCAGCAGCAGCAGCAGCAGAAGCAGGUGUGGGCGAGGGGGAGGGCGUAUCUGUGGGUCAACGGAUUCUCCGCGGUUUGGGGUUUGGGGAUGCUGACGUGUAUUACCCCAGGGUGUUUGAGGGCGAGUGGGAGUGUCUGUCGCAGCUGAUAGCGCUCGAGACGCCGCAGGGCGAGCAGGCAGCGGACAGCCUGGCAGUGGCGCAGGCACGGCGCGACAUAGGAGUCACGCUGCCGUACCGGGCCCGAUUCUUUGAGUUCAACGGCAACGUUUCAUUGGUGGAGGCAAUGAUGGGCAAGGGAGUGGUGGCGGAUGCUGAUUGGUCGCCCUCCAGGCCCAACCAGCUCACCCUCACUCUCAAGGGAGGGUACAAGGUGCAGAGUGUAAUCACGCGGCGAUCAUAUGAGAUGUCAGCUCCCAACCAGUUCGACGUGUUUGAAUACUCACAGCAGGUGUUUGAUAACCCGAGUGUCUUGGAUGGCCCUCCUUCUGUUAAGGCGUCCAGCAAUCUGACCCGGUAUCAGUGGGACGAGGUCAAGGCAACCGAGCAAGUGAAGGAGAUCUAUGCGUUCCAGCGAGUGUCAAUGUUCCCGGUGGUGGGCGGGGUGGCAGGGGAGGGGCAGUCGCGCCUCUCUGCAGCAGAUGUCAUCUCGCUGGGCUUUGGCGAGAAGCCCGUCACUGUCUACAAGUACCUACUGCGCCUCACACGCGCUUAG